GUUCCCUUGUUGUCGUACGUGAGCAGAGCGGAAGUGAACGACCGACCGGGAAGGCUAAUCCGCUUGAAAUCAGGACAACAAGAUGGAGGUGGAGCAGCUCCUGUCUUUGUCCGGCUUGGCGCUGGCCCAGGCUGUCAGCUCUCUGCUGGAGACCCCCGGCCUCUACGUCUUCUCCGAUAUCUUGGAGCUUCCCAACGUUAGAGAGCUGGAGAACGGCCCUCACGCCCCAGUGUACCAGCUCCUCAACCUCUUCGCCUACGGAACCUACGGCGACUACAAAGAGCGAGCGGCGUCGCUCCCAGAGCUGACGCCAGCUCAGAGGAACAAGCUCCGCCAUCUGUCCAUCAUCAGCUUGGCCUCCAACCUCAAGUGCCUGCCGUACUCGCUGCUCCUGCAGCAGCUGGAGCUGAAGAACGUGCGCGAGCUGGAAGACCUGCUGAUCGAUGCGGUGUACUGCGACAUCAUCCAGGGCAAAUUGGACCAGCGCAACCAGCAGGUGGAGGUGGACUGCAGUGUGGGCCGCGACCUGGGUCCCAACGAACUGCCCAACAUCGUUAACACGCUGCAGGAGUGGUGCACGGGCUGCGAGGCGGUGCUGUGUGGCAUCGAAGAGCAAGUCUCCCGGGCCAAUCAAUACCGCGAGAGCCAACUAAAAGUCAAAGUUCAAGUGGAAACAGAGGUGUCCAACCUACAGAAAACCCUGAAGGCCAGCGCCGCCUCACCGUCAUCGGGUCCCGCCCCCGCCGGAGCAGCCUCCAAUCAGGAUGCAGACCAGGCGGCCGAACCGCGGGAUCCCGCCUCCUCUCAAGAACCGCGACAGCCAGGAAAAAAAAGUUCUAAGGUGAAAGGGCUGCGAGGCAGCGGCAAGAUCUGGUCCAAGUCCAACUGAAGAAGUGACAAACGGAACAGCUGAUCCACACGCUCACCAGACUCGUUGUGGGACAAAAACGGGAGCGUUCAAACAAAGUGAUCGGCGUGGGGGGACACCCUCGCCGCCGCUCUGACGGGAAGCGUCACGGGAACGUUUCGUUUUUUUGUUUAGUCAUCUAAUCUCACCUUGACGGAUUCGAGGCCAUCGCGACGUCCCCUCGCUUGCCGUUUUUUAAGAGUGCACAGCACCGGACAGCCUGUUGCCUUGGCCCGUAAGCAGGAGCUUACCUGAUGCAUUUUGAUGUGUGCGUGUCUUCUUAAUUGCUUUAAACAUGCUCCCUUUGGCUUUGAAUCUUUUUGUUGUUGUUGUUGUUGUUUUCCCUCAACUGAGUUGAAAUGUAUCAAAAUCUUGAGUAUAAACUGUUGGGAAAUAAAAAGAAAAGAGCCCUUGCACUCAUCCUGACAAGA